GUUAAAUUGUUUGUAUUUACAGAUUUGCUGACACGCCUGUCUUGGAAGGAUUGAGUGUUCAUGAGACUCAUAAGUAUGUUUACAUUUUGCUGGCGACAGUGUCAUCAGUACAUCGUAUUCGUCUGCCUCACCCUCAGACACCACAGGGAAGCAGGAGUAAGCCAGAGUCCAUCUUGAAGGAGCUAACAUUCCAGACACUGAAGGAGUACCACAAUCUCCACAUCUUGAACAGCAGCACUGCAGGUGAGGGUCUACCUCACACUGCUGGGACUCACCUUAUGAGCAGGGAGGCUGCAGAUGCAGUGUUUGUGUUGGGCCAGACGGGAGGCACACUCUUGGUCGUCAAGAUGAUAGACAUGCCAUAUUCAGUCUUCACUGAAACCAUCAAAAAUGCUUCUCUAAUGAACAGACUGUUCACUGGUUUUGUUCCAGGGAUGUUCAGAGGCCUGGAAGGCUGUGAAACAGUAACAAGUCUCGUAGUAAAGGAAUUGGCAGGAGACGUCCUGGCAGUGGGAGCAUGCCGUGAUGGUAAAGUUCGGGCAUGGUCUUGCACGCGUCUUCAGUGCAUUCUGGCACAUGACACACUGGAGAAUACAGCUGAGGCUGGACGAAAGUUAAAUCCAGGAGCCCAGCGGCACCAGAUACGUAGCUGUGGACAAGGAGAGGACACCAUCCUAGGCGUCUUUCUCAACUUUACUGAGAAACAUUUGCUUAUAAUAUAUCAGCCAACUGUGAACCUUGGUCAAAUAGCACUUAGUCAUAUGAAGACACUCUACCCACCACAGGAUGUGUUUAAAGAGACGCCAGAAACAGAGCUCUCUCCACAGUUACUUUGCGGUGACAGGACUAGUGUGACUCUCAAGGUGGUCUAG